CUCCUUGCACCGUGACUUCAAACAAGCAACUUCUACGUAGCAUCUUUCAAAAAAACUUUGCAACUCACUCAGGCUUAAAAAAACAAACGCAAGCAGCAAGAUGGCCACUUCUGACAGAAACAUUAUGUUGCUAAAUUACGUUCCAGUUUAUGUCAUGCUCCCACUCGGAGUUAUCACUGCUGACAAUGUUUUUGGAGACCCAGAUGGCCUUAAAGCACAGCUUCUGCAGCUACGAGCAGCAGGUGUUGAUGGGGUGAUGGUUGAUGUGUGGUGGGGGAUCAUAGAACUUAAGGGGCCAAAACAGUAUGAUUGGAGUGCCUAUAGGAGUUUGUUUCAGCUGGUUCAGGAAUGUGGUUUGAAACUGCAAGCUAUUAUGUCAUUUCAUCAAUGUGGUGGGAACGUUGGAGAUGUAGUUAACAUCCCAAUUCCCCAGUGGGUGCUUGACAUCGGAGAAUCAGAUCCUGAUAUCUUCUACACCAAUCGCUCAGGCACCAGGAACAAGGAAUAUCUUACUAUUGGCGUGGACAACAAGCCUAUUUUCCUUGGAAGAACAGCCAUCGAGAUAUACAGUGACUACAUGAAGAGUUUCAGAGAAAACAUGUCAGAAUUUUUAGAAUCCGGGCUGAUUAUAGACAUUGAAGUUGGGCUUGGCCCAGCAGGUGAGCUUAGAUACCCCUCUUAUCCACAAAGUCAAGGAUGGGAAUUUCCUGGUAUUGGAGAAUUUCAGUGCUAUGACAAAUAUUUGAAGGAAGAUUACAAAACAGCUGCAGCAAGGGCUGGCCAUCCUGAAUGGGAACUGCCAGAUGACGCAGGCACGUACAAUGAUGUCCCAGAAUCUACUGGAUUCUUCAAAACAAAUGGUACAUUUGUCACCGAGAAAGGGAAGUUCUUCUUGACUUGGUACUCUAACAACUUGUUGAAUCAUGGUGACCAAAUUCUAGAUGAAGCCAACAAAGCUUUCCUGGGCUGUAAAGUCAAAUUAGCAAUCAAAGUAUCUGGAAUUCACUGGUGGUACAAAGUUGAAAAUCAUGCUGCUGAGCUUACUGCUGGAUAUUACAACCUUUAUGACAGAGACGGAUACUGUCCCAUUGCAAGAAUGCUGACCCGUCAUCAUGCCGUUUUGAACUUUACAUGUCUUGAGAUGAGGGACACAGAACAAAGUUCAGAUGCCAAAAGUGGACCACAGGAGCUUGUUCAGCAGGUAUUAAGUGGAGGUUGGAGAGAAAAUAUCCAAGUUGCUGGAGAAAAUGCACUUCCACGGUAUGAUGCCACAGCUUACAACCAAAUCAUACUGAAUGCAAGACCACAAGGUGUCAACAAAAAUGGUCCUCCAACACUAAGGAUGUUCGGAGUAACGUACCUCCGUCUAUCAGAUGAUCUACUGCAUGAAUCAAAUUUUGACAUAUUUAAAAAAUUUGUGCUAAAGAUGCAUGCAGAUCAAGAUUACUGUGCCAACCCUCAAAAGUACAAUCAUGCCAUAACACCAUUGAAGCCAUCGGCACCAAAGAUUCCAAUAGAGGUUCUUCUUGAAGCGACUAAACCAAUGCCACCAUUCCCCUGGCUUUCAGAGACAGACAUGAAAGUUGAUGGUUGAUUCCCUAAUAUGGAGCCAAGACUAAUUAAAGAAUCGGCUGGAAAUAAUAUAUACCAUUAUAUAAAUAAAUUUCCCAGCCACCCACAUCUUGAAUGCUAAUAAUAAUGCCAUAAUGUAGCAAUGUCUAAACAUCUAGACAGUACUCGUGUGUACCUUUUAUGUGGUUAUUCCUAUCUAUGAAGUACAUGAACUAUUUUAUCGAA